GACGCUUUUAAUGCUAUUUCAGUUUCAGUUUUGAACUUAAAACUAAGAAUGGGCGAUAACAGAGUUGAAUCGUUUGGUGAAUGCCCGUUAUGUCUUGAUGCUUUCGAGCUGGACGAUCAGAGUUUUUAUCCAUGUCCAUGUGAAUACCAGAUUUGCCGUUUCUGCUGGCACAGAAUUAAGAGUGACGAAAAUGGCCUUUGCCCCGCGUGUAGAAAGCCUUACAGUGAAAUGCCGGCGCAAUUCCAGCCAUUAUCGAAAGAGCAGCUGACAACAAUGCGAAUAGAUAAGAAAAAUAAGGCUUCAGAGAGAAAAAUAAAGGUAGCGGAAAGUCGAAAACAUCUAGCGGCUGUAAGGGUGGUGCAAAAAUGCUUAGUUUUUGUUGUGGGGUUGUCAUCUAGAAUAGCGGAUGGUGAAAUGCUUAAAAAACCAGAGUACUUUGGAAGAUUUGGUAAAAUUCAUAAAUGCGUAGUGAACAACAACACUAAUUAUGCUGGAUCGACUGGACAUAGCGCUAGUGCGUACAUCACUUUCUAUAAAUCAGAUGAUGCGCUACGAGCUGUGCAGCAAACGAACAAUACACAAAUUGAUGGUAGAACACUAAAAGCUUCUCUCGGAACGACAAAAUACUGUAGUCAGUUUUUAAAAGCAAUGACAUGCAACAAACCAGAUUGCAUGUACCUGCAUGAGCUAGGCGAUGAAAGAGCCAGCUUCACGAAGGAAGACAUGCAACAAGGCAAGCAUCAAGAGUAUGAACAGGAAUUGCACGAUGAGUUUUAUAGAAAGGAGGCUGAAGGUAAUUUGGAGGCACAAAUGGACAGGUACAAGACCGUGUUCACUUUGAGAUCGGAGGCGAACGGGCAUGCACCUUACCCCUUGAAAGUAGAUGCAGAAUUGCCGCCAAGUUCUAUUAAUGGGCCGCAAAUGAAUGGGGGAUCUAAUCGCACAACGCCCUCUCCCUCUAACGCAUGGGGUGAUGCAAAUCAUCAAAAUAGUCUUCACUCGCCGCUCGAAAUAAGCGGUAAAACUAAACCCGAGGAGACCAGUGGAGCGUCCCAGGGUUUCUCAAUUUUCUCUAAUUUGGAGUCAUCUCUGGACCGCGGCAAUCAGUUCAAACCCCAUGAGGUGAAAUCAGAUCCUUUCACAUGCGUGACUCAAAGCAGUGGUACGCCGUGGGAAGCUGCAGUGUUUUCCGGUGAAACAUACGGAGAUCCAGCUAGGAGAUUCCUUAGCGAGCCUGCUACAUCAGCAAAUCAUAGGUUCGAUCAGCCGUACGAAAAUGGGAUACCACAGCUGCUAAAUAUUCUAGAUAACAGAGCACCGGACGAUGACCUAGAAUUUGACCCAAUAGAAGAAUGUCAGAAAGGUUUAGAAGAGUUGAUGCAAAAAGAAAGACUUCUCAGUUGUGUCAACCUGUCUGAAUCGUUUCCGCCCUCAACAGCUGUUCCUUAUGGUGCGUCAAAUCAGAAUAGUUUAUCUCACAGCUUCAAUGGUUUCCAUUCGUUAAAUUCACAGCCUGCUGAACAUCAAAUGGGUCCUGCAUUGCACCAGCAACCAUUCGAUCAGCAGCAACAGUUGAGAGCACUUCUUCCAAAUGUGACCAUCCACUUCCAGAGUGCUCUGCCGAACAGUAUUCACAAUGGACCCCAGAUGUCCUCGGCACCUAAUUCAGGGGCUCCCCACACUUGGCAAAAUGCUGCCUGGAACAACAAUACAUCGAAUCAGUACAACAUCAGCUCAGAAGAUCCAGCAAUUAUAUCCACGAGGAAGUCGCAUAAUCACUUAAGUUAUUGGGAAAAUAACAACUACCAGAAGCAGUUAUCAGCUGGAAGCCAGUUCAAUGAGCCGAGUGCAGUAGAAGCUCCUCAAUCUCAGGACCCUGCCGAUGCCUUCAAUGGUCCAAACAAAAAGACAAGUUUGUCUAAGAACAGUCGUCAGUUGUUCACCAACUGGAACACCAAAGACUGCCCAGCUCCUACAUCGCCACACUCCGCACCCCCAGGAUUCAAAUCAGACAUGAACUAAAUUAUUGGAAAUAAAAAAUUUUGUUUGCGAAAGUUCAGAAGUUAAAAGAUUACCACA